AUGUCGGACCCUAGGAACAAGUUCACUCAGCCUGAUGACGACACCCCUUUCGGACGACACUUGAAGGAAGUCACGAAGAACCUGGACAUGGGCCUACCAAGCUUCACUGGAACCUUCACUACAACUUUACCAGAAGAGGAGCGCUGGAGGAUCAAAGUUUGUGUUCCUGGAAGGACUUUUGCACCAACUACCGAGCCCAUCGAGUUUACCUUUGAUGCACCAACUUGGAGCUUAGGAAAGAGCAUGGCCGCCCACAUCACCUUUGGACGCAUUUGCGAGGUGUACAACAAGUAUCUCGAAGACACCGUCUACCAGAUAUGUGGACAUCGGGAUGAGCAAUGGGAGAUGAUUCGCACCAGGAAGGAUGGAUCUAUUGCAGCAUACAUAGAGGAGAUGGAUCAGCACAUUCGUCAAUAUGAGAAUCAGAUGUGCGCUAUCAUGAAGAAGACCAAGAAGGUGAUGACCCGGAAUAACGAGCUAGAGGACAAACUCAAGGCAACCCGCGAUGGAUAUGAAGAGGAAAUUGUUGUACUGCUGGAGCAGUAUGAAGACCUGAAGAAGAGGCUAGGAGUAGCCGAGGUGAAACCAGAACAUGAAGUGAAUAUUCAUGAGGACGACUACAUCAUACUAGAUGACAUAGACAGUGAUGAUGAGGACGAAGACAGUGAUGAUGAAGAAAACAAUGAUGAAGAAGAAGACAGUGAUGAUGACGCUGGUGAUGAUGAUUAUGAGCCAAUGGAGUCUUCCAUCGAUCAAAACUUCUAG